AUGUCCCUCCGCAUCACCCCUCAGACCGCCCACCCAUCCCAAACCUCCAACACAACAACCCGGCAACAGAUCCCCAUCAGCCUGCCCCGGGCAACAAAGGGCGCACCCUCGGCACCCGGUCUGCCCGACACCCUCCGCAACAAGAUCACGCUCCCCGCGACGCCGCACGCCUCCUCGACCAACGCCAUCGCAGCCGCCGACACCCCGGACUCGACACACCCGCUCGAAGCCCGUCUGCACGCCUGGCGCGCAACCCAGGAUGCAUUGAAGAUGGAGGGCCUGCGCCGGGCGUACGGGAUUGCCGAGCCGGUCCGCCGGGGCAUGGAGCUGAAGAUCGUGCGCGACGGCACGUUCCGGCCUGCGGCGCUGGGCGGGCUUCGGGGUGGCAAUGUCCAUGAGGAUAUCCUUGUGCUUGGGGGUCGGGAUACCGAGAUUGCGUGGGAGGAUGUGUUCCAUGGCGACGAACUCCGGGAACCGCCCGCUUUCCACGACGAAAUGGAGAAGAGGCUGAAGAUGGACUCUUAA